CGUAAAAUUUCAUUUUGCAUAUCGAAUAAGUACUAACUCCGAUAUUAUUCUUGAAUUUUAUCAUCAUUCAUUUACCUUGACUAGUUUGGUCUCAGUCCGUAAAAAUAACCGAUGUAAAAAAAUUACAUUAAUCCUUUUUUAAAUAAAAAUUCGUCUGUACGAAGAUUAGAAAGAGAAAUGACAAUGGAGUAAAAAUCGAAUACCUGAAUUGUUUCAGAAAUACGUAUUGUUCGCGAGACUUGAAGAAUGAAAUUUAUGGAGGAGCAAAGGUCGAAAGUUGUGGUCGAUGAUCAAUUUCAAGCUUUCAUACUGCGAGAAAGUAAACACCAAGAGUUUCAGAGAUUUGCACUCGAUUUGACUGAUAUUUGCUGGGAACUGUGCAUGGGUACACCUGGGCGUGCCUUAGACUCUGGUACCAAGCUUUGUCUGGCGAACUGUGUGGACAGAUUCAUUGAUACAAGCAAUUUUAUCUCAUACAGAUUAAGGAAUAUCGUUCUGUCCAGUCCUAAAGAAAUUGACGUGCAGUAAAUUUGACAGAUAGACCAUCAAAUUAUGUUAGAUAAAAUAUAUUGAUUCUAUUUAUGACACACUAGAUUAUGUAGUAUUCUAGAAUUUAUAUUGUGUAUAAUUCAAA